CGAAUUUCCUCCAAGUGAUGAGUUACAGCUAGAGCUUGACCAGUAUGUGCUAGAAUUGAAACAGUUUAAAAAAUCAACUGCACUACAACAAAUGAAGGACGCAAUAAAGCAAGUACCUCUACCACAUGAAGCCUCAGAAGCACAUUGUAAAAUUGUCAUAAAAUUGACUGGGAGCUGGCGUGAUAAAACAGUUAAAAGUCUUGAAAACCUCAUUCAGUACCUUUUUGAACGUGAUGCAAAGCGUGCUGAACUGAUUGAAAUUCAUGAAGGAUCAAUCGUUGUUACAUUUCUGGCUUUUUCAACAGCACAGUCUCUUAUUGAUAAAGUACAGAAUAAGAUGCAAUUUAUCCAGUAUCUUGGUAUAUUUCAAAUAAUGAUUAACGGUGACAUUGUCAUAAAAAGAGAGGAAGAUAUUAACUUCACUUUUGAAGAUUCACUGUUACAUGCCAUCAAUCAUAUUGACAGUCAUGCUGAAUAUGAGAAAGUGGCACUACUUCUGAUAGAACUUAAAAUAAAGCUAAAUUACAAAAACACUGAUGGUCAGACUGCAUUAAUGCUAGCCAGUGAAGGUGGACACAUUAAAAUUUUCAAAUCGUUACUACAAAACAGUGCCAAUCCAUUUAUACAAUUACCAGCCAAUAAAGGAUAUGUUGGAUUAAACCAUUUAGCAUGUACUGCUCUCUCUGAGCAUAUAUACAAAUCAAUUGGAGGAAAAAGAAUAAAUCCACAAGAUGACACUUCAAUUAGAGAGAUGCUGGAAAUGGCUGUUAAAGAAAGAGGAGUGAGUAGUCAUUUUUAUGAUUCAUUUGUGCAUGUCAUUGAAAAUAAAAUAAAAGAAAAGUUUCAACGGCUGCAAGAUUGUUUUCAUGCAUUAAACUGUAGCUUCAUUGAUGCUGCCACCAAUAUUUUAACCAGCAAAGCCUUGGUAAAAGAAGCAAAGCAAAAGUUUCAAUUAUAUAUCAAAGAAGAUGCUACUUGUGAAAAUGCUCAUCAACUAGUGCAGUUGCUCCAACCUCAUUACUCGUGUUUGAACAUUGACCUUCUCACAAUACCAUGUACUAUCACAGAACCUAUCAAGGAACAGGUAGAAGAAUACAAUACUAACCUGAAGAUGUUCAAAGAUACCACUAGCCUACUGGAGCUUGCAAUGAUGACUAAAGGAAUGCAAUGUCCUGAUGGUGUUGGCUGUUCAAAAUUAAUUUUAAAACUCAACAAGCCAUGGUGCUCCAGGACAAUCACUGAAUUAAAUAAAUUAGAAAAUUUUUGCCUAUUAGAUCUACAUACUUUAUCAUUUCUAAACCUCACUGAAACCCAUUACAAUUCUUCCAGCUACACCUGUACAUAUUUCUUGCCCCAAUCAUUACAAACUGAAUCAUUAAUGGCAGCAGUUUUUGAUCAGGAAGUUUCUCUUUAUAAGAUCGGUGUAUUUAUGGUUAUGAUUGAUGAUAUUCCAAUUAUAAUGAAAGAUGAAGAUAAGUCAUUUACUUUUGAGGCUGCACUGCAGGAAGCACAUCAAACUAAUAGUGAAAAUGUCCUUUUUUUCCUAUUAACUGAACUCAACAUUAGUUUAUCUUUUGAAAAUGAUACUACGGACCUCGACACUGAAGAUCCCUUUGCUAUUGGAUUGUUACUAGGAAUUGGAUCAGAUCUUAACAUUCGAAACAGUAAUGGAUUGACUCUUUUGAUGUUUGCUAGUCGCAAUGGACAAUAUAAGGUUGUUAAACUCUUACUGAGUGAAGAUGUAGAUAUUGACAUUCAAGAUAAUGAUGGAAAGACUGCUUUGAUGCUUGCUAGUAGUAAUGGACAUCACGAGGUUGCUGAACUCUUACUGAGUAAAGAUCCAGAUAUUAACAUUCAAGAUAAUGAUGGAGGGACUGCUUUGUUGUAUGUUAGUCUCAAUGGACAUCACCAGGUUGCUGAGCUC